AUGAACUGGACUUUCCUGUUGGUCUUGCACCUGAUUCUUGUUCACACGGGAAACAGCAGCUCGCUUCGGAUUAUCAAGCCAAAUGUUGUUGCUUUAGAAGUAAGUGGCAACCCAAUGGAACAAAAGUGGCCAGUUUCACUAAACUGUGGGGAUCAGUUUGAGGGCACCAAGAUCCACUGGCAGAAGAACGGACAGGAUAUUCCGAACCAGGGUAACAGCAUAAACGUCACCAUCGAGGCCAUGCUGGGGGGAAACUUCACCUGCCUCAGUCCAUCCAAUGAAAUUCUGAACCACACGCUGGUGCUUGUCAGGCCAGUUGACUUUGAGAAGGCCAUUGUGACCCGAAAGUCUCACAAAGAAUUCAUCACAUGCUUGGCGAGAAAUUACAGUGGCACAUUUCACUGUUCAUGGAAAUGGGAUCCCAUCAGGAAUGGAAAGGUGGUUUUCUUCAACGCUUUCCGGCACCUGAACGUUUUCAACUGCACUGUGGACUCGAAUAACACUGGGAUCACAUGUGAGAGUCCGCAGUGUCCGUUUUCUGAGGAGGUUAGUCGAAUCAACUUUACUUUGCUGGUGAGAAACCAAUAUCGCUUAGAAGAGCAUCUGAAGACGUUCUUCAUCCGGGAUAUAAUCAAACCGGACCGAGUCAACAUCACCAAGGCUGAAAAUGACAAGUUUGAGUGGAAAGCUCCCGAAACGUGGAACAGUCCGUGCUCCUACUUUCAACUUCAGUAUGAGGUCAAAUUGGUGUCCCAUCGCAGGGACUGUGAUGCUGCACCUCUCGACCACAGCCAUAAACAGGCCAUCUACACUAAAGAGACCCAUUAUGAAGUCUCCGAUAAGAAAAGCUAUACAUUCUGCGUGAGAGCUCAAGACCCCCUUACUAAUAAUGCUUGGAGUGACUGGAGCCAUCACAGGAGAAUCAAGCAAAAGUCGAGGAAAUAAAGGGUGGAAAGAAAACACUUUGCAGUAUAUAAAGCAUUUUCUUACAUUUUAAUAAAUAUAUUUAUUUGAGAACAUAA